GUCGGGUGACGCCGGAGCUUCGCUCACCGAAACGGUAGGCUUAAAGAGACAACAGCGAAGCCGGGCUAGUCUUUAGUGGGAAAUUAAAUCACUUUUCAGAGCAUAAAUAAAGGACCAUGUCGCGGCGUACUACAUAGGGAACUCGCACGCAGGUAUCCAGAGAAAGACGGACUAUAUUGCUCCAACCUGUUAAUGCUGAUUCUGUCUGAGUCUGCUUGCAGCAGUGUUAGAACAUGAAGAAUGUUCCUGGUAAUACUCAACACUGACUUCAACAAAACCAUGAGGAGCACAAGGGGACGUUCAGUCUUUUGGUUCCACUAGCAGGAAUUGUGUAUGUCAGUGUUGAGGAGCGUUUGUGGGUGUAUGUGUGAGUGUGUGCGUGUGCGUCUGUAUGUGUGUGUAUGAUAGCACAACCUGCCUGCUUCAGGCAGUGACAUGCUACUCUGAGGCCAACCGUACUGUAAAGGAGUCCCAUCCACCGAAGGAUUAAUGCAAGAACAACGCUUUCGGUGAUACCCACCACGUCUGCAGAAGACAUCGGUUUCUGCUCUUCAAAAAUCAUCAGGGAGUAACCGUGGAGAGGCCAGGGUAUCACAAGCUUAUGGAUUUUGAGAAGAGAGGUGGGAAGGGAGAGACAGAGGAAGGCAAAAGGAUGUCGAAAACAGCAAGUAGUAGAACUGGACAUGGGGGCCGGGGAACGGGGACCAACUCUGGGGUCCUUAUGGUUGGUCCCAACUUCAGAGUUGGGAAGAAGAUCGGCUGUGGAAACUUUGGCGAACUGCGGCUAGGCAAGAACCUCUACACAAACGAAUAUGUGGCCAUCAAACUGGAGCCAAUCAAAUCCAGGGCGCCUCAACUCCAUUUGGAGUAUAGAUUUUAUAAACAGCUGGGAAAUUCAGAGGGAGUUCCUCAGGUCUUUUACUUUGGCCCUUGUGGGAAGUACAAUGCUAUGGUUCUGGAACUGCUUGGGCCCAGUUUGGAGGACCUGUUUGACCUCUGCGACCGCACUUUCUCUCUGAAGACCGUCCUAAUGAUAGCUAUUCAACUGAUAACACGGAUGGAGUAUGUUCAUACACGGAGCUUGAUAUAUCGAGAUGUCAAGCCAGAGAAUUUUUUGGUGGGGCGGCCGGGGUCUAAGAGGCAGCACACCAUUCAUAUCAUUGACUUCGGGCUUGCCAAAGAAUACAUAGACCCCGAGACCAAAAAACACAUCCCAUACCGAGAGCAUAAGAGCCUGACUGGCACUGCCCGGUAUAUGAGUAUCAACACACAUUUGGGAAAAGAACAAAGCAGAAGGGACGACCUAGAAGCACUGGGCCAUAUGUUUAUGUACUUCCUGAGAGGCAGUUUGCCCUGGCAGGGCUUGAAGGCGGACACACUGAAAGAACGUUACCAGAAAAUCGGCGACACCAAGCGAGCUACGCCCAUCGAAGUGCUAUGUGAAAGCUUCCCAGAGGAAAUGGCCACCUAUCUGAGAUACGUGAGACGACUGGACUUUUUUGAGAAACCAGAUUACGAUUACCUGAGGAAGCUCUUCACAGACCUCUUCGACAGGAACGGCUAUGUCUUUGAUUACGAGUACGACUGGGUCGGCAAGCCUCUACCUACACCUAUAGGCCCCAUCCCCACAGACACACCCCAGCCGAGCAGCAGAGACAAAGCACAACCGCAGACCAAAAACCAGUCGCCCGAGCCCAAAGGAAGUGAGUCCCAGCCCACUCCAGUGACCAAUAAGGAGACUCUGGGGUCGCAUCUCACAGCCGAGAGGCUGGGGGGCUCAGUGCAGGUCAUGAGCUCCACGAAUGGAGAGCUGAACACAGACGACCCCACCGCAGGACACUCCAACGCUCCCAUCACUGCACCUGCUGAAGUAGAGGUGGCAGACGACACAAAGUGCUGUUGUUUUUUUAAGAGAAGAAAGAGGAAAGCUCUUCAGAGGCACAAGUGAAGCUUGCUCUUUGAAAAGAACUUGAAACAUUCUGGUCACUGUUAAGUUUGAAAUGCAAGCAAAUACACAGAUCUAGCUCUCUCUCUCUCUGUCAUUCUAUCUUUCGCUCUAUCUCUCUCUGUCCCCAUCACAUUUUCUUUCAUAGAUGCUUCACCACUAAAUGGAGUGCAUAGGAAUGAUGUUGACUGUUCAACAGACUCUGGUUCCUUCAAAAAAAAAAAUAUGGAGAAUAUUGAAGAUGCAUAAGAAGAUGUGUAAAAUAAGAAAUCACACAUAAACACGAAAAGAUGAUAAUAAGUAAUUAAUUGAUGAUAUAAGACCACAGUGUGUGAAAAGAUGCUGUUUGAAACAGUUGGUGUAUACUAUGGUGUUUCCAUGCAGAGCGUUUAUUGUUCGUUGAUCAGGGGACGUUACAUCAGUGAACAAAUGAUUUAAGUUUUCUUAGAAAUAGAUCUUAUUUGUGAUUUAAAAACAUGAGGGCAGGAGUCGCCUCUGCACUGGGAACGACACCCACCAAAUUACAAAAUAACAGGACACAUUUCAUCUCAACCAGGCUCUGGAGUCUUUUUUUCCUGUAAUUUAAUUUUUUUUUUUUUUUUUUUUGUUUGUUUGAAAGGAAUCCUUGGGUUGUAAAGCAGUUGUAGUGUCCUGGAAAUGCUUUCUUUUUGUCUUGUUUUUUUUUUUUUUUUUUAAUAAAAACAAAAAAUCUUUUUUUUUUUUUUUUUUUUUUUUUUUUUUUUUUGGUCAUUGCGGACUCUGUAGCACAGUUACUGGCCUCAGGUACUGUGGGGGACGGAGAGACAAAUGGAUAUUAUUCUCUUGUCAUUGUUGUUAUUGCACUUUUGGAAAAAAAAGAAGAAACAAAGUGGGCUUGAAAUGAAAUGACGAGACAAACGACAGACUAUAUAAACCGAUGUGGGAGCGCGUCCCGCACAGGGCUGAUAUCUGUUCAAGGACCGUUUAAGGAAAAGUAUGUACUUGUUUUAUUUCUCACAUCAAAAUUUAUUUACCAGGAAAUCAUAGUUUGUGCCUUUCCAAGUAAAAUGUUUAAAAUUUAA